UCACUUUUUUUUUGUUGAUCAUUUCUUUUACACCGUCACUAAUUCUCUCAUAUAGUUUGUCAAUAUUUUGUCUAUGAUUCGAGUGUUUUUCAUCAUCGAUAAUGGCAAGAUUACCGAAUGAAAAUAUUGAUAUUGAGUUAUUCAAAGAUGAUUUUAAAAACAUUGAUCAAGAAUUUCUCCCAUCAGUUGUUUCGAUUUUCAGAUUGUUUCCUUUCAUAGACAAUGGAAAAGAAUUUUUAUUGAUGACCAAAGAAGCUACGUUUGCAUAUGGUAAAGUAAUAUGCCCAUGGUUAUCGUUGGAACAUGAUAUGACCAGACCACAACGGAUAUCUUGUCUUGAUGAUAUGAAAAUCGUUCAAGUAGAUUCUGGCUGGAAUUUUAUUGCCAUUCUAACUGAUGAUGGUCGAGUGUAUCUUGUCAGCAAUAAUUCUAAUUUUAAGACAAAUAAUACUUUCCGAUUAAUCAACACUGGUAAUAACCGUUUCAAGAUGAUUGCUUGUGGAUGGUUUCAUUUAUUAUUGCUACGACAAGAUGGUCAAGUUUUCGCAAUGGGUGAUAAUAAUUGUGGUCAAAUAACUGGUAAUAAGUCAUCAUAUAGAAGAAUGAUCCACAUCAAAAACCUCGAAAAUGUCAAACUGAUAACUUGUGGAGGGGAUCAUUGUCUUGCUGUGACAGAUACGGAAAAAGUUUAUUCCUGGGGCCGUAAUGGUUGCGGCCAAUUAGGUGUUGGUGAUGUAGAAAACCGAAACACCCCAUGUCUUGUUUCACUUCCUAGUGCUGAUACAACACGAAUCAAAGAUAUUGUGGCUGGCGACCGACAUUCAUUAUUUUUAUUCGAAAAUGGUCAACUUUGGGUAUGUGGUUCUAAUGACAAUGGUGAACUUGGCCUUGGUGAUAAAAAUAAUCGAUCGAAUUUGACAAAAAUACCGAUUGAAAAUGUACAACAAAUUGCAUGUUCAAAAUUCCAUAACUUUUCAUUGGCACAUGAAGGAUCAUCGUACUAUGCAUGGGGCAAAAAUGGCAACUGGUCAUCACCUGUAAAAUUGGAUGAUUCGCAUUCUUCAUUUGCUUCUGCAUCAGUUCAGGUAUUGAAUUCACCACACACAUUUGGUCUCACAUCAACCAUCUAUGCAUUCGGAUCGAAUGAUUCAAUAUACAAAUCAAUCCUCCUAUUAUUUGAUAAUCAAAAUAAUUAUGAUGUGGAAUUCAUAAUUGACAAACAACGUAUUAAGGCAUGGAAAUGUUAUCUCAAAUCUGCAUCGAAAUAUUAUGCUGGAAUGUUUUCCGGUCAUUGGAGUGAAAAUGAUCAAGUGAUCAUCAACUAUUAUUCAUAUGAAACAUACUAUGCCUAUCUACGUAUGUUACAUACGGGUAAAAUUUAUAUUACUCGUCAAAAUAUAACCGAGCUUGUUGAUUUGGCCAACUGUUAUGGCGAUGAAAAAUUGAUUGAAUAUUGUCAAACAUUCAUACGGAGUGAUUCAUAGUGAUCUAAAUGAAACAAGUGUUACCGAAAGUUACCGAGAAUUUUCUGCAAAACAAUCAAAAAUCUAUUGAAUUUUUCAAUUGAUUUUACGAUCAACAACGAUUAUGCGAAUCAUUAAUUCAUUUCUUGUAAAAAAAAUACAUACAUACAUACAUGAUCUAAUUCGAAAAUCCUGUUUGUUCCAUUAAA